AUGGAUUGCAGCCUUUGCUGUGAGCCCUUUGAAGAGGAUGGACAUCACGCUCCCCGUACACUUCAUUGUGGCCACACCUUCUGCACCCAUUGUAUUGAGAUGCUUGAGAGAACACAGCCAAGAUUUUCUGCUCGGUGCCCAGAGUGCCGUGCUUUCAUUCGAUUCCACCGAAUUCCCCCAAUCAACUUUGCAAAGAAUUUCAAGCUCUUGGAGGUGAUCAGGGACAGGAAGGGACCACCUCCCAAACCAGGGGCAGACACAACAACCACAUACAAUGACCAUAGAGGCAACGAUGCCACAGACCUGUCUGGGUUUGUGCCACGUGGGUCUGAAGUCCAAGAGGCUGCAUCCCCACUAAAUCAUCCAUCGGAGCAAACAUUGCCUUGGAUUCAUUUUGGCUGGACUCCUCGACUGGGCGUGGACAGUGAUUACGAAGUUGAGCAUCGGGCAGGCUUGAUCCGUGGUUCAUGGCCGCAUGCAGUGCCACGUCAGGCCCAGCUGGAUGCCAUCGUUCCACCACCCCGCCCUUCCUCAAGGCUGUUCCUGGGUGGUGUUGGAGGUGCUCCAGCAAGGCCUUCUGCGCCUGUGCCCCCAACCCCAGAGGCCACUGCCACAGCCACAACCUCCACGACACCUGAUGAAGGAUCUUCUUCCCACGAUGCAGACAUAUGGACCACGAACAAUACAAGCAAUGGGGAAGGGUUGGUAUACAAUGGUGACCAAAAUGCAGUUGUGAGGGGACGUGCAGUACAGGGAGAUAAUGGGGGCCUGGUUUGCAAGUUUUAUCAGGAAGGGACCUGCCGGUAUGGCCCAUUCUGCUGGUUCGACCACCCCUGCAUCAAUCCCUCAAAGCCCAUGUGCAAGCACUGGCUUCAAGGACGCUGUCGCAUGGGCCUCAGCUGCAACUACCGUCAUGGGGUACUGGUCCCGCUGCAGAGGCGGAGGCGGCAUAGAAGCCAAAGAAGCCAAAGGCCUGGAGAUGCUGGUCCGAGCGGGGAUGCUCAAAGGGUCGAGGAGGAGGAUUCACAGCAUAUUUUGCAUCCAUCUGAUGGGCGUGCACUUGGUGGCAGCCAGGGUUCAGAGGCAAGGGGAGUGGCGAGGAGUGUGGUGCUUGUGGAUGGGCAUGGUGGGGUUCUUGGCUAUAGGCAGUGGGGGUCCAAUAACAUUGUUGGGCAGCACCAGCAGGUAGGUGCCUGCCCUCGUGCAGGAGAGGCGACCCACUUUCAAGGUGGGGAACGUGGUUCAGGUGAGCAUUUCUAUGACAGAUUUGGGACUGCUGCCAGUCUGUCAAGUCAGCCUGCAGGCCGGGCCACCUCAGAGCAGUGA